AUGGAUGUAUUUCACGCCUACACGUACUCGACAGCUGCAUGGCUGUCGCUCCAAAGCCUGCCCUUGAUCACUGGGCCAAGCAUGAUUGUAUCCAUGCUUCUGGAUGAGACCCGACCCGCAUCCUCUAUGGAGAUCUAUUUUGCUCGAUGCCUCGGCUUCAGUCUGCUCACAAUCACUGUCCUGACUGUGAUGUUGACCGGUUCGAUUCCUCUCACCUCCGAUAUUAAGGACUCGGUUGCAGCGGAUGAAGAUGACCCUAAGGCACCGUACGCUGUGCCUACACUCAUGGUGACAUCUGUGUACCACGCUGUGUGUGCAUUUUAUUGCUAUACCUGGUAUGUCGCCGGUGGACAAGGCACGUUUGCGGUUGCUGUGGCUGGGUCUUCGGGUCUUGCGGCUGUUGGGCUAUGGUGCAUGCUCUUUGCCAGUAGCAACGGCAAGAUUAGUCGGCGAACAGGUGCAGACAAAAGGACUACAGGUUUCCCUUUCAAGAACUCUGAGGCGGCGAAGAAACACUCAGGCAAGAAGGGCCUGGACGAGAUAGUUGCCCGUAUGACAAUGUCCAUGAAUAACUCGCCCCUAAAUAACCUCUUCGAACCAUUUCAGUACCGCCCCGAUGUCGAUCCCAACGCGAACCCCCACACCUUCAUCCGUCCUCAACACGGCACGGUGAAUCACUUCUUAAGCACACCCCCGCCAAUCCAACAUCACCACUCGCCUGCAGAUCGCCAUGGAGCCAGCGCUGGCGCUAUUCCAUUGCUCCAAUCGCAGAGCCAACCCGCAGCUCGCAUGAGCUUACAGCAAUCGCGAGACUUCAACAAUGGAAUCGAUCAUAACGCGCAUCUGGAACAGAUGCGAGGUGCCUUACAGGGCUCUUCCACUGGACAAAUGAUGCCACCAACCACACUAUCUCCAAGCGGACUUGCAAUUGGGAGCCCCAAUUCAAAUGGCGCGCACUCGGCCCAAAAUAAUCAUGGGUUGACGAUGCUGCAGGCGCCAUCUCACUCGUUUCAAUCGGAUAUCACAGUGCUAGACGCUGAGCCCAUCGGACCGGUGUCAUAUACUACGACGUCUGAAGAAGCCGGUAUGAAGAUUGUCCCGGAUGCCCCUAAUCUGGAGUAUUGGCGGAAUAGGCUGUUUAAUGUGGAUGAAAUGAUCACUCUAAGCGAGGAGGAGUUCCAGACUUAUUUCCCACAUGUUGAUAAUGUGUACUCGCAUCGCUCCACGCAACGAUAUAAGAGUAGACCCUUUGUCUCUCAUUACUGGGAUUGUCGAUUGAGAGGUCGACCACCUGGUACUCCCAAAUCGGAUAAUCCAGAAAAGAAAAAGCGCAAGCGCACAGCUAGGGAGCGAGACCUCUGCCAUGUCAAGAUUAAAGUCGUCGAAUACUUUCCACAAGCAGAGUCAAGCACGAAUAUCAUGCCUGUGGACUCUACUCCUGCUUCUGCUUCUGCCUCUCCGCCAGCUUCAACUAUUGUCCCUGGUGUGUUUACAUGGGCGUUGGAUACCCCGGAAAGCACGAGAAAAAGCAGCGGACAAGCCUUUCAUUUGAUUACACCAAGUCAUAGUCUUCCGCCAAAUCAUCCCGGUGCUAACGGGGCAAGAUACUAUACAAUCCAACGAGUGAAUGGCAAUGGUGCAAAUGGAAAAAAUGACGGUGUGGCUGGUGGUCAUCGGCAUACACUAGAGGAGAGCGACCGUGUCAAGAAGAACAGUGUCCAGCGAUAUCUGAACAAGGAAACGAAGGACAAGAGAAACAAAAUGGAACAAACUAUGUUUUCAGAUCGUGGUCAAAAAUCUUACCAUACAAAAGCGACAGGUCUUGCCGCUGAGACGGUGGACAAACACUCCAUCGAGUCCAAUCUCAAGCUUUAUGGAAGUUGUUUCUGCCCCUUUGUACAGCGGGUAUGGAUUGCAUUGGAGAUGAAAGGUAUUCCGUAUCAGUACAUUGAAGUGGACCCGUAUCAGAAGCCCGCUUCCCUGCUGGAGGUGAAUCCAAGGGGACUUGUUCCAGCAUUGCGACAUGAUGACUGGGGAUGCUAUGAGAGUAACGUAUUGUUGGAAUAUCUCGAGGAUUUGAACACUGGCACUACAUUGCUUCCACGAGAUCCAAAGCUACGUGCUCACUGCCGAGUGUGGGCAGACCAUGUCAAUCGACAUGUUGUGGCGGAUUUCUACCGCGUUCUGCAAGAACAAAAUGAGCAGACACAGAUCCAAAAGGCACAAAAUCUGCGAAGCUCAAUCGAGCAGUUGCUGGAAGCGGCACAUCCCAAAGGCCCAUUCUUCAUGGGAGAGCAAAUGAGUCUUGUGGAUGUCCAAGCUGCGCCGUGGAUAAUUCGGCUGAAAAGAGUCCUGAAACCAUACCGGGGAUGGCCAGACGCCGAGGAGGGAAGUAGAUUGGCGGUUUGGGUCGAUGCGAUUGAGAACGACCAGCAUGUUCAGGCGACGACUUGCACGGACGAGCUGUACCUCGACAGUUACCAACGCUAUGCCCAAAACCGCCCAAACACAUCACAGGUCGCAAAUGCAAUCAACUCAGGCGAAGGUCUUCCCUGA